UGCAAAUAAACCGCAAAGGUGGCUGGCGUAUCAGCGACCACGGAGCGACUCACAGCUCCCCCCGCGCCUCCACAGGGCCCCUCGCCCCUUCAGCUCUUAGAUGAGUCUCACAUGUCAAUUGCUGCGGCCGAAAAUGCAGGGCUUGGCCCAUGUGAACUACCACUGCCGGACCAGUGGCUUGUCCAUACUCAACUGUCGCAGUCAGCGCAACCGUCGCAAGCAUCGUUCUUUUCCGCGCAAACCGGUGGCCAAAGUUUGGGCAGCGCGCUCGGUGGCGGUUUGUCAGCAGCAGCCUCACUGCCGUUACAGCAACAUUCCUCUAGCGGCGGCCUCCAGCAGCAGCAACAGUCAUCAGUGCAGUUGCCAAACCAAAUCCACACACCGUCACCGACCGGAACGGCAGCGUCCGCCGCCACGACAUCUGGGUCUGCUCCGCCACAGCUGCUGCAGAGUCAGUCAAAAAUAAUGAAUGUCGUCGUACCAUCCGUGGCCUGUCCGCCUAACGCAUCGAAAAAGAUUCGCCGAAAGCCAGACACCAAGCCACAGUCGCAGAUCAACAAGUGCAACAACGAGAAGCGUCGCCGAGAGUUGGAAAAUGAGUACAUCGAGCAGCUCGGAGAGUUCCUGCAGAUCAAGCGGGAUAUGACCACCUGCAAACCAGACAAAGCGGCGAUACUAAGUGAAGUAGUACGGACGUUUCGUCAUAUGCUCGAGCAAGGUAACCCGAAUCUCACUGGUUCGCGGUGCUCCAAGUGCUCGCCGGAUUGUUCCGCUUCCUGCAAACUGCACCCGGUGCAACAGGGAGAGGUAUCGUCCACUGAACCCCCACUACCAGAGCCGUCGGUGAACGGCCACUCGCCGGAAAAGUCGGCCUACUUCGAGGCAGUGCAGCACUACAUCUCGAACGUCGGCUGGGCCCUGCUCGAGAUCAACUCGGAGGGUGUGAUCGAAUGUGCCACGGAGAACGUCCGCGACGUACUGCAUUACUCGCGCACGGAGCUCCACGGACAGUCUAUCUAUUCGUACCUGCAUACUGGUGAUCAUUCAAAGCUGAGUCCUAUUUUAAAUAAGAAUUCGUUUGAGCUAAACUGGGAUCAAAAUGAGGUAAGUGUCCUCUUUCAUAUUGAUGUUCAUGUUGAUACAUUUUCGCGUUCGCCAUUCCAGAUGUUCUAUCAGACGCCAAAGCGUACCAUUCGGACAAAGAUUCGUUGGCUAUUGAGGGCGCCGGAAGGGGCGAACGAAACGAUCGAGCAAAAGCAACAGCGGCUGGAGAAGUACAAGGACCUGCUGAUCAUCUCGGCGCCGGUGAAGGAUGAUACGGAGGAAUCCUCCUCGGUGCUCUGUCUAAUUACACUACCCGAGGACGAUCAGGCCACCAUCGAAACGACCACCACCAUGCCGCAAACGCUGGACGAACAGCUCACACUUAAGCUGGACACCAGCGGUAACAUUAUCAAAUAUAACGCAUCGACGCUAAGGAAACAGUUUGCAGGAAAUCUAACCAAAGAUACUAUACGGUCAAUCUAUGACAUCUGUCACUAUCAGGACCGUCCGCGGUUGAGCGAACAUCUCGGCAGCGUCCGCACGGCCAACGGGACGCCACUGGAGCUGACGUACCGUAUGCGCCUCGGCGGCCCGGACGUGUACGUGCACGUGCGGGCACAGUCGAAACUGUUCUGCUGCCCGAAGUCGAACGAGUCGGACUUCAUCAUGGCCAUCUGUACCGUGCUUACCGAGAGUGAGGUUGCCAUACUGUCGGAAGGUGGUGGUAAUGCCUCCGGCACGACGACGAUGCUGACGAUGGGUGCGGCCGGCACCGGUAGCAGUCUGGGGCCCGUGCUGGGCGGUAACGGCGCCAACAGCAAUCCUACCUCUUCGUCCUCGUCUCUGGGCCUGCUAAUGCCCAGCACGAGCAGCUCCGGGACGGGCGGAACCGGAGGAGGAGGUCUAAACGGUGGCAACGAUGUUGUCGCUCGCCAUCUUUCCCAAAUUUCGCAGGGAGUCAGUACCAUGGGAGGGCCGCUCAUGUCGAGUGUGCUGAACGGUGGCAGUGCUGGUGGUGGCGGCGGCGGCAGUGGUGGCCUUGGCAAUGCUUCCGGCAUGAUGGGAAGCGGAGCAGGAGGUGGAAUGACGGCCAGUAACAUCGGCCACGGAAUGGGCGGCUCCGGAGGGACCGAUCUCGGAUCGGUUGGCGGAGGACCGGUUGGAAGCGUCGGGCUCGGCUCGACGAUGGGUUCGAUCGUGUCGCCUCGCAGCAACCCAAACACCACGACGUCAUCCUCCCUGCUCUGCCCGCAGUCGUCCGACAGCAGCAACUUUUUCAACACAGACUUUGAGCUAGAGUUUCCACAUUCCACGUUCGAUAUGGAGGCGGUCGGAGUCGGGUGGGACUCGCGGCCCGAUUCGCGCACGAGCGUUACACCGGUCAGCACUCCCCGGCCACCGUCCGUCAGUGCGUACAGCCCGGCGGCCGCUCCGAUGUGCGCUUCGCCGAUGACGCCAUACUAUUCCGGCAACACGAUGGGCGGCAUGCCAUCACCGUCCAGUAACAUGGGCUCGAACGGUGGAGCGCCCGGGGCAGGACUCGUCAACCCCGGCCUGACGCUCAACAACAAUAACAACAACACAAAUAACAACAACACUGGCACACCGUUCGGUGGGAAUGCGUUCCAGUUUCCCUUCGAAGACACCAAGGACAAGCUGCAGGAUCUACAGCAACAGCAACACCAUCAGCAGCACAUGUCGCCCAUGCAACACCAGUCUGCGAUGCAAACGCAACAGCAAAUGGUCCAACGACAGCAACACCAGCAGCAACAGCAGCAUCAACAGCAUCAUCAGCAGCAACACCAACAGCAACACCUGCAACAGCAACCUCAGCCACCGUCAUCGAAUACGCACGAUUCCGAGCGAUUGCGGAACCUGCUUACAACCAAGCGACCUCACUCAAAUGCCUCGUCCUCGUCCGGCCUGGAUCUGGAUCAUGAUCAUCGGAAUCCUAACCGAAUUCUAAAGGGCUUGCUAAAUUCCGAAGAAGAUAAGGAUAAUAAUGGCAAUAAAUUAAGUACCACAUCUCUUUCACAACGUAUACCUCAGUCAGUUAGAGCCCAAACGCAGGGUGGUAAUGGUGGUAGUAGUGGUGGUACCGGUGGCGGGCUAGGGAGUGCUACGGUCCGCCCUGGAAAUGAAAAUACUAAGUCCAGUAGCAAUAACAUGCUGUUACAGCUGCUCAACGAUAAGAGUGACGAUGACGAUAGCGACACCCGCAACCGGCAGGGUCCGAGCGAACUGCUUAAGCAACUGCAGAAGGUGAAAGACGAGCCGAAGGAGCACAAUCCACCGCAGCUCAACAACGAGGAGCUCAUCCAGAUGCUGCGGGUACAGAGCAACGAUCGCAAGCGGCCAUCGACCGAGCCGGAGGAGGGUUCCGCCGUCAAGCGGUCCGAUAACCGGCCGUCGAAGUUGCGCGAGAAGAACAAGAUGCUGGCCUCGCUGCUGGCCAACCCGGCCAAGGCACCGAUGCCGAUGCAGACGGCCAUGCCAUUCAAUCGCAUCAUCCCCGACAUCCCGAGCUCGGGUUUGGCCCGCCAGCUGGCGAACGUGUCGAGCUCGACCGCCCCGAACCAAACACUCAACAACAACAACCUGACGACGAGCAACAAUAAUCUUAAACAAGUACAACUGAACCAAAUGCGCCUGCAGCAGCACCAGCAGCAGAUGCGCAAAGCGGCCAUGCCUUCUCAAUCGCAACAGCAGCCUCCAACGUCCUCCGAUAUCUACCUCAAUCAUCAGCAUCAGCAGCAGCAACAGCAACACCACCACCACCCUCAGCACCAUCAGCAGCAUCCGCACCACCCGCAGCUGCCGCAUCAUGGCCAACAGCAGCAUCACCAACAGCAACACCACCCGCAGCAGCAGCAGGCUUCCCUGAUGCAGCAGCAAAUGUUAGCCGCGCAGCGUCAGCAGCAAAACUUUUCGCCCGCGAUACAGGACUCCGGCGUUGGUUCGGCUGGGAGUGGUUCGUACGCUGCCUCGACAUCCGCUACCUCCACGCAGCUCGCCUCCGAGUGGGACCCGGAGCUGAACGAAAUACUUAAUCACGUUAUCGAGAUUGCGCCGGAAGGAGACUUUCCCGAGAGUGAACUCAACAGUAUCUUAGGCUUAAGUCCUAUCGAAUCGUCCACUUCGUCCGUGGUGCCGUCACAGUCCAGUCAGGCCGAUCCGAUUCACGAAAAGCUGGCCAUCAACGCGAUCCAGAAAGUGUUGAUGCAGUACGAAACCUCACCAUUGCAGCAACCGCCGCAGUUUAGUGGAAGUCCGCCGGCAUAUCCGAUGCAUGCGAUGGGCGCUGGCAAUGGAGGUUCCGCCGGCAGCGGGGGCACCAGUGGGUCCGGCAUGGGCGGCCCGCAGGGUCUGGGCAAUUCCGGCACCCCUGGAGCGGCCCCCGGGAGCGGCACACCGAACGUGGGCGGCAAUGGAUCGACGACCGGUAGCUCCGGUGGCACCAUGCAGUCGCAGGCGGGUCCGAACCAAAACUUUACCCCGCCACCGGUGUACACGCAGCGAAUGCGAAUACCGCCCGGUGCGCAGGGAGGUGGGCAGCUCGGAGCGGGCAACCCGGGCGUUACCCAGACCAUGCUCGCCAUGCAGAAGCUGCACCAAAAUCGGGAUCGAAUGCUGCAGGAACAGCAGCGGGCACGGUUGCUGCAGCAACAGCAGAAGCAACAGAUGGUGGUGCCCUCGAAUCCGACGGCGAACUCGGACCUUGGCCCACCAAACGUGGCGUUAACGAGGGCAAACAGUAUACCAGAUUCACAGCUCAGUCCCGGAUUCUCGCCGAGCCUGAUGCAGCAACAGCUGAGCCCAAGCCAACGGACACAGCUCAGCCCGCAGCAGACAGGAUUCCAGGGUAAUCCGUUCAACAACAACCCCGGCCAUCGGUUGUCGCCUCAGCUGCAGCAGAUGGUGUCCGGGUUCGGUAACGCCGGUGGACCCGUGAACCAGCAACUCUCCCCGCGGCAACCACCGUUCGGUGGUGGUGGCGGCGGCGGUGCCGGUGGCGGAACCAGUGGCGGACAAACAAUCAACCCACCCAAUGUGGUCGUCCCCGGCCAGUCACCACAGCAACAGCAGCAACAGCUGCAACAGUGGCAACAGAGCGCCAACGCCAGACUGUCCAUUCAGCAGCAAAACCCAAUGCUCAAUGCGCAGCUUUCGUCCGUGGGUGGAUUCAAUCCGACGCCAAAUCGACAGUUUGUGGGCCCGGGGCAGCGGCAACAGCGGAACACGCUCAACAGCCCCGGUACGCCCCGGCAGCCGAACACCUUCGGUGGAACGAUGGUCGACGGUGGUGGCUUCCCGGGUCCACCCAGCCCGUCCCCGGUCGGUGUAUCGGCGCCUAACUUUGCCAACAGCGUGUUUGCCAACCAGCAGCAGAUGAGGCUCCAGCGGCAGGGCCAGGGCGUAGCCCCACCGCAAGCCACCCAGCACUUGCCAGCUGUUUUCGCAGGAUCGCCCCGUUCCGCGUACGGUGGACAUGGGCCCGGUCCGGAUCCCACCAGUUACGGUAUGAUGUUCGGCAAUGCAGCCGCAAUGCAGCAGCACACGGCGACCUCGCCAGGCGAUUUCUACAAUCGCGGUCAAACUGGUCUCAACGGCGGGGGUAUGAUCGGUGGUGGAAGUGGGUUUGGUGGUGGCGCAGGACUAAGCAAUGGUAGUGGCGUGGGGCCCGGCCUCCCCAACGGCGGUGCCCAGCACCACCAACAUCAGCAGCAGCAGCAUCAACAGCAUAGCCUCAACCAAUCGGAACUCAUACGGCAAGAGCUGCGGGCCGUCGUUAGUGGCCGUGUGCAGCGCCCGCCACCACCGCACAGCAGCAGUCCACUGCGCCUGUCGCCCCUCGGUGGUGGAAUGUCGGCCGCGUCCUCCUGCGCUGGUGACACCAGCGCCGUGGGCAGCACCAACGGUGGUGGCCACACGGCGCUCCACACUUCGACGAGCAUGUUGAACGGCGGUGGUGGUGGGGUGGUCAGUAGUGGUGGCGGCUUGGUCACUAGCAGCAGUCUGAUGGGUGGCGCUGCUUCCGGUAACGGCCCCAUGGGUCCCUCGGUUGGUGGUGGUCGACCGACGUCCGACGGUGUUGGUGGUAGCACUGAUCUCGAUCCAUCGAUGCUGUUCGGUUACCACUACACGCCCAAAGAAUUUUUCGGAGGAAACACGAGUCGGUGACCCGAAAAAUUCAUCUCUUCUUCUGCAAAAACUUCUGUCGGACUGAAGUGAAGUGAUGAUGGAUGGCGCCCGAGAAGCGGUGAACAUAUUGGCUGUAAUUGGCGGAGGCGGAGCUGCUCCACGAAACCAAAAGAAAAGACACAACCCUUUCUAUAGCACCGCGAACAGCGCGCGAAAUAUCUAUACACGCGCGCCCGCAGGUGUUGAACGAGUGCCGUCGUAUGUUACAUACGCGAAAGAAAAUGUGCCGAAAGUGAUGCAAAUGCAAAAGGGGGAGAGAGGGAGAGUGUGUACACAACCAACAAAUGAUACAACUGAUUUGUGAUUUGAUGUUGAAAACAAAAUAGAAACAAAAUUAAAUGCUAAUAAGUGAACGUAAGAAAACAAAACAAAAAAACAAAACUCUCGUAUAUAAGAAGAUAGGAAAGCAGAGGCGAUGCGCUGUGCAUGUAAAAAUCGAACCAGACAGACAGGAGGAAAGCAAACAACAAACGCGCGAGCCAAAACAUUGGCAGCGAGCUGCAGGGGAGCAAGAUAGUAUGAGCAAAUACUAUUAAGGUGUAGUGAAAGAGAGAUUGUACAUAAUUAGCCCUAUUCAUGUAUGUAACACAGAAACAAUAACGCGAAAGUCAACGCAAGAAGCAAAAGAGAUCAUACGCACACUACGCGUAUGUAGAAGCUUUUGUACACUUUUUGCACACGUUGAACCGAAAGAGAUGAAGCAAAUAUUAUUAGACAGAGGAACACAAAAAAAACAGAAAUACGGUGGCACGCGGCGGUGUACGAUGGUUAAAAAAUAAUGAAUGAAAAUAGAAAUACCUCUAACUUUAGUUCAAAGUAAAAGUAAAAGUAAAGCUUAAAAUGCUUAACACAUGCAUAAACUUACACACCCCAUGAACGUAGUAACACAAACCACGUGUAUAAAAUAAUAACAAACAAAGCAAGCGUACGAAGCAGAGAGGCGAUUAGAAACUUUAGAAUGCCGGAAAAGCGUGGCAGAACAGGAGGCGCUGACGGUAUUGCUGCGAUGAAAAGAGAUGAAAAGAGAGAGACAGACAGAGAGCAGCCGACAGCGAAACGCAGCAAACGUUCAAGUGGGUAGCGAUUAGGAAGCGAUAAAAUAACCUCUCAUCAACACACCGAUAAAGAUAACCGAAACCAAAACAUAGUGGAGUGGCGACAGACAAGAACGCUAACGAGUGAGCGUCUGUCAGAGUCAAUACGUAUCGGGGCGUGAAAUGGGUGACUUGUGCAAAUGAUCAACACUCAAGCUGACAAAAGGGUAACGCAGCCCAGGUUUCGCUACAGCUGGCCAUUGGACUACAGAGAGAAUGUAGGGCAGAAAUGCAACGUCUCUUUGACUUUUUUUCUCCCCAUGCGGGGACACAGGCGCGGGAUCUUAUGGCUGCGCGUACGUUUUUGCAACAGAAGCAAACACACGACGAACCACAUGAAACGCGGCGGAUCAGGAAGGGACAGUUCGUGUACUGUGAUAAUUUCUACUUGUUUUCGAUAUCACGAACCUUCCGAUGUGCCGCGGCAGCCUGUGCACGUGUGUAUGUGUGUUGAUUUUUUUGGCUUCUCUCCACUCUCCCCAGGUCUGAGCGAUGUGCAAUUGUGUCGAAAAUCAAAAUUACGAGUUCAAAAUCAAACGAAAAUCAAGAAAUGUUGCAAGCUUAUUGGUUGGUGCAGGGGAAGUAUCGAAGAUUUGGGGAAAACAUAUUGUUUCUGAUUCAUUUUAGCAUUCAACCUCCAUUUGUCGCCUUUUUUGUGUCGCGGUGAGACUUUCCUUUUGAAUAUGUUGCCCUCUGCCCCACCUACUCUGAUGUACGAUUAAAACAGGAUUGCUUUGAUCGUAUGCACGCAGUGGAGCGUUCAGACAGAGAUGAUGAGAUUGGAAAAAUGAGACGUGUGAGAGAGAAAGAGCUGUUCGCCGUGAGCGAUGCAUCGUGAUCGUUGUGUAUAUAGUUUUGAAGUGUAAAAGUUGUACAAGUUUUUCUUUUAUGGUUAUUAUUGUAUACAUUAUGAUUUUUUAUAGAUCUUUGUUCAUUAGUUUUGGGUUCAUCAUGGAAAGGUUUACUACUUUAGGAGCGGAUAAACACACCACACACUCGUUCUUACAAAAAGUCUCAAGACUCUAGCAAGAAGCCGUUUUUUGUCUCAACUUCGUUCGUUUCAGCUUCAACCGUUCUUUUGACAAGCAAAUGUUACAAACAGUUGAGAAACGUGAUAAGAAGAACGACGCCCGCCUAUUUUUAUUUGGAUCAUUUUCAGCCAAACUUCUCUUCUUUGUCAUCCCCCCUUUUGAGUUUUUAAUUGUGGAAAGCUUUUUCUGUGUUUCUAGUACCUCUCAUCGCACCAUAUAAGUGUUAUGCUUGUGCUGUGCGUUUGUUUUCGUGUUCUGCGGUUGAUUAGGUGAAUUAGUUUUGUCUUUGUCGACCACCUUAUGUCCUUCCGAUAAGUUCGUUGUGCUUCGCGGCUAACGUUGUUACAUUAUUUUAAUUGGGCCCCCGUCAUCGUUUUUAUCGCUCCUCUCGGCAGACGUGGGGCUAUCUGAGGGCAAACUUACCUACAUUAGUAAAGAAAGAUUUAGUUCAUUUAACCACCUUACCUUUCAUUCCUGGCUGAUCGUCAAAGGCAUCUUUCUGCAUUACUUUACCGUGUCUGCAUGCAAACAAAGGAGGAAAACACAACACCCUACACCUACCGAGAAGUACACAGGACUAAUUUAAAUCCCCAAUCUGGAACAUUACAAUUAGUAGUAAUAUUAUUAUCGCUAUUAUUGUAAUAUUAUUAUAUUAUUAUAUUAUUAUUAUAUUAUAAUAUAUUAUUAUUAUUAUUAUUGCUAUUAUAUUAUACAGUUUACAUGUUGCGGUUAGUUUUAUUUUUGUGUUUUAUGGAACGGAGGUAAUAUCGUACGAAAAUGCUAAGGCUGGACGCAGAUCGCAAGAAUUAUCUAAUUGAGCAAAAUAAAGUAAAAGUGAAGUGUUUUACGAAAACGUAGAAAAUUUAAAUCGACAAUGCCGAAAAUCGCAUGAAAGGCGAACUAACAAAGAAGUUAAAAGGGCCCGAACAGAUCGGAAAAACUGUGAAAACACGAAAUAGAAAUGGAAAAAUUCAAAAGUAAAUAAGAGAACCAGUAAAAGGCAAGAUAUGGUGAGCAUAUAUCUUUUGUUAUAAUUAUUGAAUA